UUGAAACCCCGCCCCACCCCCCCCCCCUACCCCCCUCUCUCCAUUACAAACAACAACUUAAAAAAUAUCAUCUCAGAGUCUUUGGUUUUGGUUUGCAAAUCAUGAAGAGGCUCAGUCCUUCACCUUCCUUGGAUGCUUUCAUGUCCAUCUCUCAGCCUAAAGAGGAGAAGAGAUCAAAGAAGCACCAAAUUUACAGCAAGGAAUUCCAGGCUAUGUUAGAUGGUUUAGAUGAAGAAGACAGCUUAGAAGAAGGUGGUCAAGCAACAGAGAAGAAAAGGCGUUUAUCUAUGCAUCAAGUUAAGGCUUUAGAGAAGAAUUUCGAUGUGGGAAACAAGUUAGAACCAGAGAGAAAAGUGAAGUUAGCUGAAGAAUUGGGGUUACAGCCAAGGCAAGUGGCUAUUUGGUUCCAAAACCGACGUGCUCGUUGGAAGACCAAGGUGUUGGAGAAAGAUUAUGCAAUGCUUAAAGCUAAUUAUGAUGCUCUUAAGCUUGAUCAUGACAAUCUUGAAAAAGAAAAACUGGGUCUAAUUGCAAAGCUGAGGGACUUGAAAUCAAAGUUGAAAGAAGAGUGUCCAAGCUUUUCAGUGAGGAACAAAGAGCAAGGUUGCUGUGAGAAUGAUGAUGAUGAUGAUUGUAAUGGGAUUGUUAAAGAAGAAAGCAAUGUGAUGAAUGGUUCGUCUUCAUCGUCGGAUUCAUCAAAUAAUCAUAAGUGGUUUAAACCAUUUGAGUCGAGAAUGGAUAUGGGGUAUACGUAUGAUGAGCCAGAAUUGGUGGAAUUGGAAGAACGAAGCAUGUUUAGUGCAGAGGAAUCUUGUGGUUUCUUCUCAGUUGAUCAAGCUCCAUCUCUUCAAUGGUACUUCACGGGGCAGUAAAAAAAACACUGCAUAAAGGGAUAAAAUAGCCUUAGAAGUUUUGUAAUUUAGGAAUAUUUAAGGUCUAUUCUUCUAUUGUUGUUGUUGUUUUUUCAAUUAUCAUAAUUAAAACUGAUUAUUGGGCGGAAUGUUACGCAUAAGGUUUCGAGUUUGA